UUGUUCUCUCGAAAGCCGUUGAACUUACACAAAAUGUCCACUGAAAGUCCGGCUGUUGCCAAGGCAGCUGCCGCUGGCGCGUCUCAAAAAGCUGCUGGAAAUCAAAAGCAACUGAAGAAAUCAAAAAAGAAUGAGUCACAGUUUCUCUUGAAGACCCCAAAGGGCACUAAGGACUGGUCCGACAAGGAUAUGGUUUUGAGAGAGGAAGUGUUUGGCACUUUGAGCUCAUUGUUCAAAAGACACGGAGGUGUCACAAUCGAUACUCCUGUUUUUGAACUCCGCGAGAUUUUGACUGGAAAGUACGGUGAGGACUCCAAGUUGAUUUACAACUUGGAGGACCAAGGUGGAGAGUUGACUUCGUUGCGCUACGACUUGACCGUUCCUUUCGCCAGAUUUGUGGCAUGUAACAGUAUCUCGUCUAUCAAGAGAUACCAUAUUGCUAAGGUGUACAGAAGAGACCAGCCAGCCAUGACCAAGGGUAGAAUGAGAGAAUUCUACCAAUGUGAUUUCGACAUUGCCGGAAACUACGAAACCAUGAUUCCCGACUCCGAGAUCUUGGCCAUCACCUGCGAAGGAUUGACGUCUUUGGGCAUAAACGAUUUCAAGGUGAAGUUGAACCACCGUAAGAUCUUGGAUGGUAUUUUCCAGGCCUGCGGUGUUAAGGAAGAAGACGUCAGAAAAAUCUCAUCUGCGGUUGACAAGUUGGACAAACUGCCAUGGGAGGUCGUCAAAAAAGAAAUGACCGUGGAGAAGGGCCAGCUGGAGGAGGUUGCCGACAGAAUCGGCGAGUUCGUCAAGGUCUCUGGAAGCAUCCGUGAGACCUUGAGUUACUUGCAAAGUGCGCCACUUUUGGCUCAAAACGAAUGUGCUCAGCAGGGAAUUGUUGAGAUGGCACAAUUGGCUGAUUAUGUUGAGGCCUUGGGCAUUGAAAAUCACUUGUCCUUCGACUUGUCUCUUGCUAGAGGCUUGGACUACUAUACCGGUUUGAUCUAUGAGGCCGUCACUUCUGCGUCAGCACCACCCACGAAUGCCGAGGAGUUGAAGGCACGUUCAAAGAAGGACUCGAAGGAAAAGGAAGUCGAGGAUGCCAGUGAGUACGUGGGCGUUGGCUCUAUUGCUGCUGGUGGUCGUUACGAUAAUUUGGUGGGCAUGUUUUCCAAUGGCAAAUCAAUUCCCUGUGUCGGUAUCUCGUUUGGUGUGGAGAGAAUCUUCUCUAUCAUUAAAGCCAGAGCUGCUAAGCAAUGGGAGACUCUUUCCCCAACCCACACGGACGUAUACGUCAUGGCCUUUGGUGGUGGAGAGGGAUGGACAGGGUUUUUGAAGGAAAGAAUGGCCGUUACCAAACAGAUUUGGAGUGCGGGCAUCAACGCCGAGUACCUCUACAAAGCCAAAGCCAACCCUAGAAAGCAAUUCGAUGCUGCCGAGAAGGCUGGUGCUAAGCUUGCUGUCAUUUUGGGCAAGGAGGAGUAUCCUGCUGGCAAAGUGAGGGUCAAGGUCUUGGGUCAAGGUGAUGACACGAACGAAGGUGAGUUGGUGGACAGCGAAUCUUUCCUUGAGUACGUCAAGGAGAAGUUGGCUGCGUAUGAUGAAGACGGAUUGGGUGCGGUCACUAAGAUGGUGAAGAACUUGUGAUCAGACAUUUACUAAGUCAUGUUUAUAGAAAGCAAACGGCGAACUGCAUUUUGUUAUAUGUAGCAGCGAUCAUUACUAUUACGAUGAUCUCAUCUCUAAUAUUGAUGACAAAUAUAUGUACGAUUCUUGAGGCCCCGGUAUGGCAAUGGAUCGUUUGUCAGCUUCAUCUUUAGUUUACGUCUAGCCCACCAAUUUUCAGGCCCUCCUUGAUGCUUCCUGCCCGCUUGACUCUGCACCAGAGAGUGUUGAUAUCAUUCGAACAAAAGUGCCACAAUACGCCGCACCAAGAGUCAAUCUGAGGCAAGGGAUCAUAGAACUCUUUGGCAAUGCGCCUGAGCUCAGGCAAUUUUGUCCAUGCGAUAUACGGGAAAUCAUGAUGCUCAUUGUGAUACCCUACAUUCCAGGUCAAAAGAUUUAGG